GCGCACCUUGCGUAUACCACACCACCGUCUGCAUCUUGUAUCCAACUUCCAUAUUGUUGCAGCUCGUUCCCACCUAAAAGCGUGGUUCAAACCAGCACUAUUAUUGCUUUCAUAUUACCAGAGAGCUUUACAGAGUGGUCAGAGUAUUGCAGUUUCGAUGUCUUCCGAUCCAACACCUAUGGCUCCCAAAAAUAACACCCAACCUCCACCACCGCCUCGCCCAACAUAUCCUUCAUAUUCGUGGAGAAACCACAGCUCUAAUGGAAAAUUAGUGUAUAUAAGGGACCAUCAUAUCGCAAACGCCGAGCUAGCAAACCUGCCAAAAGGACCCCUUGGCUUUGAUCUGGAAUGGCGCCCCAAUUUUAGGAAGGGUGAAAGAGAAAAUCCCGUUGCGCUGGUUCAACUAGCUAACAAAGAUACUGUUUGGCUCAUACAAGUUAGUGCCAUGAUAGAAUUUCCCGCUACACUGAAAGAUAUCCUGGGUAGUGACGAGUGGGUAAAAGCUGGAGUUGGUAUUCAGAAUGACUGUAUAAAGUUAUACAGGAAUUUCUCCGUUUCUACUCGAAAUUGUGUCGAUCUCUCGCUCCUUGCUCGUACCACAGAUAAUGCGCAUUGGAAAGGCAAAUAUACUAAUCCGAUUGGGCUCUCUCAUCUCCUGGAAAUCUACGAGAACUUUUCUCUACCCAAGGGAAAGGUCCAGCGUAGCAACUGGGAGCUGUUACUGUUGGAUGUUCAACAAGAGUAUGCCGCGAAUGAUGCACAUGCAGGAUAUAUGCUCUAUACCCGCCUAAGCGCCAUGGCCCACAUGAUGGAAAAUAUACCUAGUGUG